AUGGCGACGGACGGGGAGUGCUCCACGCCGGGGAAGGGGGCGACGGUCCGGAGCCACAGCGAGGCGGAGCGCAAGCGGAGGCAGCGCAUCAACGCCCAUCUCGCCACGCUCCGCACGCUCGUCCCCUCGGCCUCCCGGAUGGACAAGGCGGCGUUGCUGGGCGAGGUCGUGCGGCACGUGCGGGAGCUGCAGGGCAGGGCCAACGACGCGACGGAGGGCGUGGUGGACGUCGUUCCCGGGGAGACCGACGAGGUGGGCGUCGAGGAGGACGACUACCUCCUCAACGCCGGGCCGACGGACAACGAACCCCGGUGGCGGCGUCGCGUUCGGGCGUGGGUGUGCUGCGCUGACCGGCCGGGGCUCAUGUCGGACUUGGGCCGCGCCGUGCGUUCCGUCGGCAGCGCGCGCCCCGUGCGCGCCGAGAUCGCCACCGUCGGCGGGAGGACCCGUAGCGUCCUGGAGCUGGAGCACGUCUGCCACGAGGCCGGACCAGCCAACGACAGGGCGGUGGCGCUCUCCACCCUGCGCGCCGCCCUCCGCACCGUGCUGUUCAACCGGGAGGAGCUCCUCGCCACCGCCGCCGCCGUGGACGGAUACAAGCGGCCGCGCCUCUCGCCGGUGCAGCAGCUCAGCUAG